CGGCAUUCAUUCUCUUGCCGUCACAAUCAGCUGGUACUAUACUCCAAAUCUUCUUCACUUUCCCCAGAUCGUCCCCUUUACCCCAACUUCCCCCCACCGGCUCAGUCGGCACCAGGACCACCUAUCCUAGUCCAUGGUUUCGCACCGGUCCUCUCCACCCGGCGAGGCAGUCCAAUGACGAUUCUUGAAUCCUGGCAGACUCGGCCAUUUGGCCGACUUCCUGCGGCCAAGGCCUCGCUAGCUGGCCAGGAAGUGAUGGAUUUACUACCUCCUACUGAAUCCGUGACACAUUAGUUGCAAUUUAUUCGAGAUGACUUCGUCCUCUCUUUCUCCUACUCCAGAAUUCCAGGUUUAUUGAUCAUGCGGUUAUAAAUGUCCGAGUCUUCUAUCAUUCGUGUGCAGUCUUAGCUCCAGUCGAUUCGUUGGGCUGCUAUAGAAGGCACGUCGCAAAUGGCCGAUAACACUCCAAUCGAUGUGACUCAUUCGCGGGACCCUGAUCGAAGUGAUCCGAUUUCCAGGGUCUCGCCUCAUGACUCCAGGAUUCGUCCAGACCAAGACAGCUCGCCUCCUCUAGAAGCGCAACGGAAAGCGGGUGCCAAAAGCCUUGAGACCAAAUAUCAGCAGGAUGUCGUGCCCGACGGUGGGUACGGCUGGGUCUGCGUUGCGUGCGUGUUCUGGAUCAAUGCCCACACAUGGGGGAUUAACAGCAGUUAUGGUGUAUUCCUCUCCCACUACCUCUCGCACGAUGUAUUUCCCAACACCUCGGCAUUGUCCUAUGCCUUUACCGGCGGUCUCAGUAUCUCAUGUGCACUUCUAGUUGCUCCGCUGGCAACUUACCUCAUUCAUGUCUUUGGGACCCGACUGGUGCUCAAUCUGGGUGUGUUUUUUGAGACUAUUUCCCUAAUCGGAUCGUCCUUUGCCACCCAGCGGUGGCAUAUCUUCCUGAGCCAAGGCGUCUGUUUCGGAUGGGGCAUGGGCUUCCUGUUCGUCGGUAGCGUGGGAAUCACUCCCCAAUGGUUCCUUCGCCGGAGAAGCCUCGCCAUGGGCAUCAACGCUGCCGGGUCCGGCCUGGGAGGGUUAAUCUACUCCCUCGCGGUGGGCGCCAUGAUCCCUAGAUUGGGCCUGAGUUGGGCCUUUCGGAUCCUGGGUAUAAUCGCCUGCGUGGUCAACCUGGUUGGGGCAAAUCUGCUUCGGGACCGGAAUAAGGCCGUAGGAAGCCGCUACCAAGCCUUCCAUUUACCGUUGCUUAAACGCCCCGAGUUCAUCUUGUUUCUUGGCUGGGGAGUCCUCAGCAUGCUGGGCUACGUCGCGGUGCUGUUCAGCGUGGCCAAUUUCGCUCUCUCCGUCGGCCUGUCAUCCCACCAGGGCAGUAUCGUCAGCGCCCUGCUUAAUCUGGGCCAGGGCCUUGGUCGACCCUUCGUGGGUAUGUUCAGCGAUAAACUUGGUCGCCUCAACAUCGCCACGUUCCUGAGCUUCCUCUGUGGGCUAUUCUGUCUGGUGAUUUGGAUCUUUGCGCGGAGUAUGGGUGUGGUUUGCUUUUUCGCGGUUCUUGUUGGCACAGUCGCAGGCACAUACUGGGCUACUGUCACGCCGGUCCUCGCUGAGAUCAUGGGCCUGAGAGACCUGCCCAGCGGGCUCAGUAUCAACUGGAUCAUUCUGGUUGCGCCUACCACGGUCUCCGAGGCCAUCGCUCUCCUCUUGAGAGACAACGACUCCAAGGACUCCGUCUAUCUGAGGGUGCAGAUCUUCACGGGUUUCAUGUACAUCGGCAGUUCAAUAUGCCUGUGGGUCGUGAGAGGCUGGAAAGUCGGGGAUUUGAUUCGAGCUCAGCACGAGAAAUCGUCGGCAAUGGCUGCACAGGGUUCCGUUAUAGAAGAAAGUCGUUGCGAUGUCGAGGGAAAACAUGACCCUUCAGUGCCACCACCGGUUCAGCCCGAUCCACAGUCACCUUCGGUGCAGCCGUGGUCUCUACCCGUUUUACUACGUGGCAUGGUGGCUUGGAAAAAAGUAUAAGCACGGUUUCGGAUAGAAACCAUGGGUUUUAAGAUACAAAAAUCAAUCCAACACUAGAUAUGUAAUCAACAGAGUCUACGAACGUAUGUCUCUGCGGGAAAUGAUCAACCAGGCAGUUAUACAUAAUGGAGCCU